GCAAGUGGAGCUGGGCGCAGCACGAGGCGACGCACACGGGCGAGCUGCCGCACCGCUGCACCGUCUGCGAGCGCAGCUUCGGCAACGCGUACCGCCUCAACCGCCACAUGCAGUCCUCGCACACGGACGAGCGGCCGUACGGCUGCGACGAGUGCGGCGCCUCGUUCGCCGUGCUCGCCUCGUUCCAGCGCCACCAGCGCACGCACCGCGGCGAGCGCGCGCACGUGUGCGCCGUGUGCAACAAGGCCUUCUUCGAGCCCUACAAGCUCAAGAGGCACAUGCGCGUCCACGGCAAGCGCGACCUGUCCUGAUGCGGCUCGCCCCGGCCAAGGCCAAGGACGGCAAGAGACCAUAAAGUUCAGGUAAGGAGUGUCCCGUGUGCCACAAGACGUUCAAGACCCGCCGGAACGCCGAGACCCACCUGCGGCAGCACACGGGCGAGGCGCCCUACCAGUGCCCGGAGUGCCCCUGCACCUUCCGCUACUGCACGCAGCUGUCGCGCCACAAGCGCAGCCACGCGGCCGACCGCAUGUUCCGCUGCCCGGAGUGCGCGACCACCUUCGUCGACCGACAGGGCCUCAAGCGCCACCUGCCAAAGCACGGCCUCAUACUCGUGCCCGAGCCAGCACCCGAGCGGAAGCCGGUGGCGCGCGCGCGCAAGACCAUGCGCUAAGCUGUUGCCGAGCCGGUCGACGGCCUCGUCCAGGAGGAGGACGGUGACGUGCCCUCGAUCCUGCCCGGGAGCGUCUUGUCGGGCAUGGCGGCCCUGUCGCCGGGCAGCAGCGAGGCCCGCGCGCGCUUCCGGUGCUACUCGUGCGUCCGCUCCUUCGACGGGAUGCAGGCCAUGCGGCAGCACAACCUCCUCUACCACCCCGCGUACCCCAGCGACAGCCUGCCCUGCUACCCCUGCCCCACCUGCCCGACCAUGUUCCGCACCAACUGCAGCCUGGGCGCGCACGUGCUCAGGAAGCACCCCGGCAGCUACACCUUCGCCCCUCCGCCGUGGCAGUCGCCCGCGCCGAAGCCUGAGUCGUCGGCCAUCAAUACGGAGUUGUCCGCGCCCGCCGGGUCCUCUGCCCGGGACGGGCAGGUACCGUCGCCCAUCCUGGUGCCCGGGAUCACACCCCUUGCCAGUGUAACCGUCGAACGGGUGGACGCGCAAGCCUCGGGCCCCUCAGCGAUCCCGUCGCUGACUGCGCCGAAGAAACGAGGACCAGGCAGACCUCCAGGCAGCACGGCGAAGCCCCGCCGGCUGGGACAGGGAGUUCAGAUCACACGCCCCAUGAAGAAGAAGAAGAUGCAGGCCCCCAACCCCGUCAAAUGCAACGGAGUCAAGGACGAGGGUGUCAUCCCGUCAGCGACCUUCUACUCGGCUCCCAAGACUGUCCCCGCUGUCUCCAAGCUCUCCUUCGUGGACCUCACGGACCCCGCGCCCGCGGACGCCGCAGCCACCUCGCCAGGCCUUGGCGAGGCUGCUGUGCACGCGCCGGUGGUCAAGAAGAGGGGCCGGCCUCCGGGAAGCACUUCGAAGAAGCCCCGCCUGCUGGUGUCUUUGGGCGUGCACCGUCCGAAGGAGACGCAGAGCCCGCUCGCCGCCGGCAGUGCCGUGGACAAGGGGACGCCGGUGGGCGCCGGCCAGGCUGCAUUGGACGCGCCGGCCGCGCCCCCAGCCAAGAAAAGGGGAAGGGGGCGGCCGCCGGGGAGCACUUCAAAGCGCCGCCCGCUGAAGCUGGGCGUGAAGACGGCACGCCUGAAGAAGAUGAUGUUCGACUUCCUGGUGCCGUCCCGAACGGGACCCAGUGCGUCUCCGGGUGCCUCGGCCUCGGGCUCCUCGGCAGGCCCCCCUGCGCCUCCGGGCCCGCAGAGGGUGAAGAAACGCGGCAGACCCGUCGGCAGCACGAAGCGCCGCGCCCUGUUGCAGAGCAUGCACAUGAAGACGUUCAAGCGGUCCUUGCGCUACCCCGCACGCGCCGCCCAGGAGGCAGCUGGCCAACAGCCUGUCCUGGGUGAAGUGUCAGUGCCGCCGGCUACGCCUUCCCCAACUGAUGUCCUGGAGGAAGUUACUCUUCAGCCAGGUGUGGCGCAGCCCCCGGCUGUUGAAGAAACUCCUCUGGAGGAGCUACCCGCCAAUCAAUACUUGCUUACGGAUGUUUUAAGUGUGUUAGAAACGGACUCUCUUGAAGCAAGGGGCAUCAUGCCACAGUAAGAGAACCAAUCUUGCUAAUUUUGUAGAUUAUUUCGUGACCGUUUGCCAGUUAAUGUGUUUUUGAAGCUGUGCAAUUUGCAAUAAUUGUAUAUUAGUCGUAAAUUUAGAUUUGCAUUAAUCUUUUAUUGUCAGGCCCGUGGCCACGUCAUAGACCAGUUGCUGUACCCGCUUUAAGUAGGUAACGCUGUCCCAUCUCUCAUUCUCGGUUUUCAAGUUUACAGCAUGUCUGAUAUUUGUCCAAUUAUUAUUGUAUUCGUAAAUAAAUUAGAUGUAAGAUUUGUUGAAUAAAGUGAGAUCGUCCUUAAA